AUGCCGCCCAACGUGACGUCUCCGGACAGGUUGCCAUGUGACGUCGGCGUCCACCACAGCCCUCCACCGCGGAAGGAGGACGCCGACAAGCAGCCCGAGUACGAGUGGCGGAUCGUGUGGCGCAACGUGGUCGUGUUCAUCUACCUGCACGUGGCCACCGUCUACGGCCUCUACCUGGCGCUCACCGCCGCCAAGUGGGCCACCGUCUACUGGACCGUGCUGGUGGGCUGGAUGGCGACCACGGGCGUACAGGCGGGUGCGCACCGCCUCUGGGCGCACAGGUCGUACAAGGCCAAGCUGCCGCUGCGGCUCGUGCUCGCCGUGUGGAACACCAUCGCCUUCCAGAACCACAUCUACGAGUGGGUGCGGGACCACCGGGUGCACCACAAGUUCACGGACACGGACGCGGACCCGCACAACUCGCGGCGCGGCUUCUUCUUCUCGCACAUCGGCUGGCUGAUGGUGCGGAAGCACCCGCUGGUGCGCGAGAAGGGCCGCCAGCUGGACAUGUCCGACCUGCGCCAAGACCCGGUCGUCAUGUGGCAGAUGAGGCUGUACCCAGUAAUCAUGCCGCUGUUCUGCUUCGUGCUGCCCGCCUGGAUUCCGGUGGCUCUGUGGGGAGAGAGCGGCUGGGUGUCCUGGCACCUGGCGUCCGUCCUCCGCUACACCGUCUCCCUCAACAUCACCUGGUGCAUCAACAGCGUGGCACACGUCUUCGGACAUCGACCGUUCGACAAGUCGAUCAGCGCGACGGACAGCCUGGCGAUGGGCGCGUUCGGGCUGGGCGAGGGAUGGCACAACUUCCACCACACGUUCCCCGGCGACUACAAGGCGGCCGAGCUGGGCGGCGGCGCCGUCAACGCAACGGCCGCCUUCAUCAGGCUAAUGGCUGCCCUGGGCCAGGCGUACGACCUGCAGACGGUGCCGGCAGAGGCUCUGCGUGCCAGGGCGGCCCGCACCGGUGACGGCUCGCACCCCUCCGUGGCCGCCGGCAGGCCGCCGCUCAGCGUGGGCGGCGCCGACCCGCACUACAGGGCGGGCAUCCGACGCGCCGCCGGCGCCUGCAGCUAG